UUACGUCACUGAGGCGCGCCGGAAGUGACUGCUACAGUCGCUAGGUAGCCCGGAAGUUGCGGCUGUAGGGGUUUGCUUUGGACUCUGACUCCCGGCCUGCGAUGGGUUGCGACGGGGGAACAAUCCCCAAGAGGCAUGAACUGGUGAAGGGGCCGAAGAAAGUUGAGAAGGUUGACAAGGAUGCUGAGUUAGUGGCGCAGUGGAACUAUUGUACUCUAAGUCAAGAAAUAUUAAGACGACCAAUAGUUGCCUGUGAACUUGGCAGACUUUACAACAAAGAUGCCAUCAUUGAGUUUUUAUUGGACAAGUCUUCCGAAAAGGCUCUUGGGAAGGCAGCCUCUCACAUUAAAAGCAUUAAGAAUGUGACAGAACUGAGGCUUUCUGAUAACCCCGCCUGGGAAGGAGAUAAAGGAAACACUAAAGGUGACAAACACGAUGACCUCCAGCGGGCACGUUUCAUCUGCCCCGUUGUGGGCUUGGAGAUGAAUGGCCGACACAGGUUUUGUUUCCUGCGGUGCUGUGGUUGCGUGUUUUCUGAACGAGCCUUGAAAGAGAUAAAAACAGAAGUUUGUCACACGUGUGGAGCUGCCUUCCAGGAGGACGACGUCAUCGUGCUCAAUGGCACCAAGGAGGACGUGGAAACGCUGAAGAGAAGGAUGGAGGGGAGGAGGCUGCGAGCCAAGCUGGGAAAGAAAACAAAGAAACCCAAAGUGGCAGAGUCUCUCUCAAAAUCAGAUGUCAGUGAAGAAGCCCCAGGACCAUCAAAAAUGAAGACAGGGAAGCCCGAAGAAACCAGCCUUGAUUCUCAAGAGAAGAAAACCACCUCGGCUCCCAGAAGUGCAGCACACGGGAGCUCUUCUGGAAAAGCCGGGAAGCCUCCGUGUGGAGCCAUGAAGAGGUCCAUCGCCGACAGCGGAGAGUCAGAAGCUUACAAGUCCCUUUUCACGACCCACAGCUCCGCCAAGCGCUCCAAGGAGGAGUCGGCCCACUGGGUCACCCACACGUCCUACUGCUUCUGAGGCCUCGGCACACCCCAGAGCUCGGAGCCGGCGUGGCAGGGCAAGACGGGGGCUCGGUGACCCUGCCGGCCCCACCCCGUCACCCUCUCCGCUCACCUCCUCCCCCGGUGCGCGUGGACCUGCCCACGGCCGAAAGCACGCUGGCCGCACUAUUUAUGCUUAAAAUAAUUAAAGGCGCCA